AUGGAAAAUCAAAGUAUAGUAACGGAGUUUAUAUUAGUAGGAUUCUCCAAUGAUCCACAGAUGCAGAUACUACUGUUCUUGGUGUUUCUCAUCAUCUAUGCAAUGACACUGUUAGGAAACUUGGCAAUCAUGCUGGUGAUCAGGACAGAGGCUAGCCUACACUCCCCUAUGUUCUUCUUUCUUAGUCAUCUAGCCUUCAUGGAUAUUUGCUACUCCUCUGCUACUAUCCCAAAAAUGUUGCAAAACUUCACAGCAAAGCAGAAAACCAUUUCCUGGGAAGGAUGCACUGCACAGAUCUUCUUCUUCCUCCAGGCUGGCUGUGCUGACGUUGCUCUGCUUUGGGUGAUGGCCUAUGACAGAUAUGUUGCUAUAUGUGUCCCUUUGAAUUAUUCAAGAAUCAUGAUACAGCAAACAUGUAGACAGUUGGUAUGGGCAGCCUGGACAGCAGGUUCUUUAAUGGCUGUGGCCAACACAUUGCCAUUAGUGGAUCUGAGCUUCUGUAGAGAGAAUACCAUUCACCACUACACCUGUGAAAUUCCAUCCCUCUUGCCUUUGUCUUGCAGUGAAACUCACACUAAUUAUAUGUUGAUACAUACCUCUAGUAUUAUAUAUGGUUUAAUGGCUUUUCCCACCAUAAGCAUCUCUUAUAGUUAUAUCAUCUUCACAAUCCUGAGAUCUCACUCAGCAAAGAGCAGGAGCAAAGCCUUCUCCACCUGCAGCUCCCAUCUCAUUGUGGUUAUUUUGUUUUAUAUUACAGCUUUUCUCCGGUGCUUGAUGCCAAGUUCUAGAUCCACCACAGUUCUAGAAACAGUGGUUUCAAUCCAGUAUAGUAUUUUAACUCCCAUGCUGAACCCCAUCAUAUACAGCUUGAAAAAUCAAGAAAUUAAAACUGCUCUGGGGAAAAAUCUUUCCAAAGUUGCAAUGUCAUUGUAG